AUGAAUUCAGCCGGACUGCUGUGUGAAACCGACUGGCCGCGGCACCGUCCUUUCCUGAUCGGGGUGAGCGGAGGAACGGCCAGCGGAAAGGUACGAAACACUGCAUGCAUGAUGGAAACUGAUCCAUAUUGCAGCCAGUUACUUUUGGGUCAGAAUAAGGUGGAUCAUCACCAGAGGAAGGUCACUAUCGUUAGCCAGGACAGUUUCUACCAGGUUCUCACUCCAGAACAGAAGGCCAAAGCUUUGAAAGGCCAGUACAACUUUGACCAUCCACAUGCGUUUGAUACAGAGUUAAUGUGUCAGACGCUGAAGGACAUCGUAGAAGGAAAGGUGGUGGAGGUUCCCACGUAUGAUUUCGCCACCCAUUCCAGGCUGUCAGAGAAGAUAUGUGUGUAUCCCGCUGAUGUGGUGCUGUUUGAGGGGAUUCUAGUGUUUUACACACAGGAAGUCAGAGACAUGUUCCACAUGAAGCUGUUUGUGGACACAGACUCAGACGUACGCCUGUCUCGCAGAGUUCUGCGCGACAUGAGAAGAGGUCGAGAUCUGGAGCAGAUCCUUACGCAGUACACUAUGUUUGUUAAACCAGCCUUUGAAGAGUUCUGCCUUCCGACCAAGAAAUAUGCAGAUGUCAUAAUUCCUCGUGGAGUUGAUAACAUGGUGGCAAUAAACCUGAUUGUGCAGCAUAUUCAGGACAUCCUCAAUGGUGACAUCUGCAAAUGGCAGAGAGCUUCUGUCAAUGGGCAUGUCAGUGGGCGGAGUCUAAAGAGGGGCGUGGCCGAACACUGUGAGAAAGCUAGCGGAGGCGUGAACAUGCCGGCGAAACGUCCCCUACUGGAGCCCAGCACACGACCACAUUAA